AUGGCAUCUGGACACAAUGAUCCCAGGCUAUUAUACGCUAUUCAAGGCGUCGCAGCCUACCACCUCGCCUAUGGGAAGGAAGAGUCCCUUACACCUGCUGGGCCGCAGACAUUGUCACUGUUAAUGGUUCCGACAUCGUCUUCUUUCGCUGAACCUAUUUCACCAGACGACCAGAAUGGACCGGCUGCUGAGGAUUUCUACCUUCAUCUUCAUCUACCACCCGAAUUAGACCUUCCGCUACCCGCAACUACUCAGAUCUACCACCAACCGCCGAGAAGCUACCUCAUCCCAAGAUGGGAUCUCGGUCCCGAUAGCGGUGCAUUCACGCGCAUCGAAUUCCCUCCAGUCGGCAGUCGUAAGGGACUUCAAGAGGAUAUAGACACAUUCGAAACAAUCCUGGCGCAAUGUACUGCGUUUCUCGAAAGAGCGCCGCCGCCAAAGGCUGCAAGAAGAGAAAAGGAGAAAGAGAAGUCCUCAUCGUCAACGCCGCCGACUUCUACUAAAUCAUCGCCAAAAACGUCCAAGUCCAAGGCAGAGUCUUCGGAGCAGCUUCCAGCAUAUAAUCCAGGUUCAUACAAACCUGGCGAGGGCUACGUAAAGGGCAGUCAAAGUGCUCAGCCAGGCGGCCAGAUCGUGCUUAUCGAUGAAGAAGAUGGUAGUGUCAUAGGAGAACUAUCGGAUGGGUUCCAGAUCAUCGAGUCUGGCGUAAAACCAGGCUCUAAAGGUAUGGAUGCUUCGCUUUUCCCUGGGACCCUGGGGCUUCGCUUAGCAACAAUUAACACAAUAACAGAUCCUGUCGAGAUUACUCUUCCGGAAGAAGGAACAAACAAACUUGCUGUAGUCCCCGCGUCGCCGGAAACCUUGGAAAUGGAACUGCAUCCAGCCUACAAAAAGUCGUUUAUCGUAUCGAAAGCAGCGUACGCAUCUCGAUUAAUCAUAACCACCUCAGAUUUCGUCACCAAUGCUAUGCAGAGCGGCUCGGAUAGCUUUGUUAAGAACACGAAACCCACUAGUAAAGCUGUGACGUUUACGCCUGCAACACAUGAACGAGUCCGCCGGAUAGGCACGUUCUCGGGAGGUGUAGCCGAGCUGUCAUCCAAAACGGUUGGCCAAGUUACCAGGUUGGCCCAGAAUGUGGGGGCUACGGUCGCUGGGCGCGGUGUUAAAGAAGGAAAAAGGGGGUUCGAUCGGGAUGGGAAACCAAUUGAGUCAUUCAAGCCUGGUCUAUUGAACAAGAGUCUAAUGGCUUUUACGACUGUGGCGGAUGGAAUUGACCAUGCAACACGCAAUCUCUUAACUUCGGCAUCGUCGUCGGCGACAAAUAUGGUGGCCCACAAAUGGGGAGCCGAAGCUGGAGAGCUAUCCAAGCACCUAAGCGGGAGUGUCAAGAAUGUCGGUCUAGUUUAUAUCGACGUUACAGGAGUCUCUCGAAAGGCCGUUAUAAAAGCAGUAGGAAAGGGUAUGGUGGUUGGGAAAGUGAAGGGGGGAGGUGAAAUCAUUGUAGGGGAUGAUACUAGUAGUGCAAUGCCGGUAAAGAGGUCUGACAGUUCCAAGGCGUAUUUGGUUCCAGAUUCAGCAAGCACUAGUAGCGCGUCAAACAAUAAGGCACCGAAACGUUAG